GCGGAGACGCUUGCUUGGUGCACCCACGUUCGCAACAGUUUCGAAUCGUUUUUAUAAAAUAUUUCAUUAUUUCGCAAAACUUCACAUAAUGUGGAUUGGAUUCGCUUUAAUAUUGGGUUUAUUCCCAUUGCUGAACGCUCAAUCUAUUGCCGCUCCAUAUCAGGUAUCAAUCAGAACAAGUGAUCCUACGAUUAUGGGUGCCUAUACGACAAGUGAAGUUUCGAAACAAAUUUGCAAUGGAGUAAUCAUCAGAGACAAAUAUAUUCUCACUACAGCUAGUUGUUUAUUUGUUCACGACUUGCAAAACAAAAAUAGCCGACUAAUUAAUCCGGGAGAAAUAUUUGUCACUGCUGGCAAUAUCAGUUUGAAUCAAGCCCACUUCGGAGAUGAAGUAAAGGGUAGCUUCAGGCGAAACGUCGUUACUGUGAUAUCAAAUGGGAAAUAUAAUGCAACUACAGGCGAGUAUGACAUCGCCAUACUAAAGCUUGACCGCUCGUUGCUGCCCCUGACCAGCAACAAUACAAGCCCAGUUCGCUGGAUAGAGCUGGAACAACAUCGGCGAUCGGUGGCACCAUCGCAGCAACAGACAACUGCAACAUUGGCGCCAACUAACAACAAAGUUAAUGAAAACUGUUUCGUAAACAUUUAUAACAACUCUGUCGGGGCUGCUAAUUAUCCCUACACCAUUGUUAGAAAUGUGAGCUUUUUCGAAAAAUGGGUAUGCGACACACAAAGAGGCUCCCUUGGUGUCGGUCAAACGGUCGUGGAAAGGAAUGGAUCCUGCCUGGGAUACCCGUUGAGUAAUCCACAAACUUGUUGGCUCGAUGCUAAUUCCCUGCGGCGCAGUGAAGAACGAGGCACCGCACUGGUAUGCAACUUCAAAUUGGUGGCCAUAUUGGCGGAGAUAAAUCCUCCCGCCAAUCCUCAUAACUGCGCCUCGAUAAAACGCACCACAGCGUACUACACCAUGGUUGCGCCGCACUACGAGUGGAUUGUGAGUGAAAUUGGAUAUCUUUACAACUUGGCCCCGUCCGGAUCCAAUGGGACCAAGGCCGGUAGCUCGAAUCAAACCGGACCACUGCCGCCGGUAUCGUCCUGGGGCGAACAACAAGUCGUGACCACUGUACCGGGCGCAUCAGGAAAAAGCAAAUCCUCAGCCAGCCCAUCAAUCAGCACAGGAGUAGCAUACAAAUUUAUUCUCCUUAGUUUAUUCAUUCCAUUUGCGCUUAUGUAUCGGUUCCACGAAUGAUGAUGGUGAAUUCGGGGAACCGCCGAAAUGGACCAGAGAUCCGAAAUACCAAAUUUUCAACCCCUUUUUAGAAUUAGUUAAAUUUGUUUGACUCAGCAAAGGUGCAUUAAAAUAUAUAUAAGUUAUUUGAUAAGUUAUUAGAAUUUUCACUAAUUGUGUACAAAAAUUUCAGCAAAAUGACGUCGUUUGGAAAUAUAUCUUUAGAAAAUAUA